AUGGCGAGCUCCGUAGUGGAGGUUGUCGAGCAAAAAAUAAAUGAACAGCUUGCAGCUUGGAAGAAUCGGCUGGACACAAACAUCGCUGAAACCAUAAGAAACGCUGUUAACGCGACACUUGAGCACGAAAUGAGUAAAUUAACCUCGUCUAUUAACAACUCACUGAAAGAUAUAACUACUAGACUGGAUGACAUAGAAAAAUCUAUCACCUACUCAGGUGAAAGACAAGAUAAUUUUGAGAGUCGAUUGAAGUUAUUUGAAGAAAAAGUUGUUGCGGGUAGCACUGUGAAUUCCCAAAUUGCCGCCUUAGAGAAUAAAAUUGAAUCAAUGGAGCAACAGGCAAGGCAAUAUAAUAUCGAGAUUGCUAAUCUCCCGGAACGCCGUAACGAAAAUCUUAUAACGUUAUUAGAGAAAAUAGGUGCAAUAAUAAAACAUCCUAUCUAG